AAAUAAUUUGUCUAGAAGUUGUUAAUUUGUUCAUAUUAUAUUUAUUAUUAAAUUAUAAUUUGUGACACAAUGACUGAAUGUCAAAACAUAAAAAAAGAAACAAUUUCAAUAAAAAUCAGAAAUCAUCACAUCUUGAUAUAAUGGCAACAUAUAGUAAUGUCAUUAAGUGUGUAAAGGUUUGUAUUUUCUAUGUAAAAUAAUUUUUAUAAUUUGUAAUAUCAGUACAUAUAACUAAAUAUUAUUUUAUUUUUCUUUAGACAAAUAUAAUAAGUGUGAAAGAAAAAAUAAAUGAAAAUCAAUUCAAAAUUAAUAUAAUAGUGUUGAUUUGUUCGGUUUCAAAAAUGUUCACCAACUGAAAGCUUUUUAUGAUAUAAUUAAAAAAAAUAUGCUAAAAUGGAAAAAAGCAAUAACAAAGUAUAUAUUAUUCUUCUAUAUCUCUAACAUUUGUACCUACAUCUAAAUGUGUCAGUAUUCAUUGUGAUUUUAACUUUAUAGGUAAAAUUAUUGUAUAUAAAACUGGCAGUGCAUCCAAUUUUUAAUCCAUGCUAAAAGCACGGUACAACCGUGAACCAUCUAUUAGCUAUAAUAGCUAUUCAUGAACUACAGGUGAAUUUUAAUACAUCAAAGCAUGUUCCCAGCACCCACUACUCAAUUCAUUUGCCGUCUACUCAUGGAUUCAGUCACCGUCGGAUGGGUGGUCCCUAGCUAUUUAACCGGCACCAAGGCCUCCGUUCGUCACCGAGCAGGGUGGACACACCAGGGUUCCAAAGACCACCCGGACUACUUUUCAUAGAUGUUAUAAGUUGGACAUAUUUUGACACUGAUCCACCAACGGAAUAGACGAUUAGUUUAAACCGGAGGCAGCCAGGCGUCUCCCGACACUUGCGCGAUAACACAAUCUCUGUUGUUAGAGUUAAGUAGGCCGUCCAGUAAUAUCCCACGGUACGACCCAAUGGUCAAAGCGCGAGAAGACCCCAAACAACCAUGUGAAGAGGCGAGUCGUAGUCUCGAUUCCUCGCUGAAUACAACCUCGGUGGGGAAGUACCGACACUCGCCGCCCAGCGAGAAUUUACACAUGUUCGCAUCGUAAAUGUCCGUGAUACUACUGGUAUCUAGUGCCACGAAAAGGUUUGUGCAAUAAAGCAAGUCUGGGUGUUAAAGCAGCUCUUCCGAACCCUCUAGGGAAUCCAAGAGAACCGACCAAGAAAUUAAUCCCAGCCCUUAACUUCACUAGAUGAUAUAAAACUAGCAGUGUUAAAAACAUCAUCUAGCAGUGUAAUAAAUGAAAAAUCAAUUAGUCGUCUUGAAAAUCAAAUUGAACCUAAAAAUUAAUUAAAAGUAAAAUUAUAUUAUUACAUAACUUAAAUUAUGCAUGAAGUAUACAAACAAUUUUAAUUUGUUAAACAUAUAGUACAAAGUGAAGUAUUUCCUAUGUCACCUAAGUCACCUUACAGUAUAAUUAAAGUACCAGGAAAAAAUAAAUUUAUAUUCAGCCAUUGAUUUAUGAAAAAAUAUAGGAUUCAGUAGUAGUAAGCGGAGGCAGAUAAUUAGUGCAAGAUAAAUUUUUUUUGAUAAUUCAUUUUUUUUUUUUUUCAAAAUUUACAAUUUCCUAAAUUUAUCUUAAUAAAAAAUUUUAUUUAAAUUAUAUUAAAUAAACAAUUCAGAAUUCUGUCAUAAGUGGUAUUUUUUGUAAAUAUUUUGUACUUUAACAAAAGUUUUAGCCAAUAAUAAAGUUUAAAUUGCCAAUAUCAAUUUGCAUAUAUUUUAUAAUAUUCUAAAAUAGAAAUUUAGUUGAAAUUAUUAGAAAUAAUAGAAAUAUAUAUUUUUCAGUUUACGGAUUAUCUUCUUCAUGCAGUUUUUCCAUUAAUGUUUUGGAAUUUGGAUCCCAAAAACAUCCCAUGAAUGUCACAUCCUAUUCACAGCUGAGAAAUGCGGUGAACGGCAGAGAUAUAUGGCUAUCACAACAAGGUACAUCCUUUAGAUAAUGAUGAAUGAUACAGCUGAGUAUUUAGUUUUGUUUUGUUUUCACCAAUUUAAAGGAUUUUGAUCCUAGCGAAUAUUAAUUUUCAAAUUUCUGUACCCUCAAGUUGUAUAAUCGCAGGACUUAAAGUUACUGAAUAAUUGUCUUUGUCAUCAUCAUCACUAUUUAUCAUUAAUGAUCGUAAUUUCUUAUGACGGAGAGAGUGUGUUUCAAAUGUUUCAAUAUCUUCUUCAUUUUCUAAUAUUGAAACUAAGAUUAAUUCUACUUCAUUUUGUAUUUUUAGAUUGGAAAUUUGGAAGUAGUUUGUUUUAAAUAUAGAAUUAAACUAUUUGACAUUCUUGGUUUUGUACUUGAACAUUUGUGAAAAUGUGUUUUAAGAUUAAUUGUAUUUCUACUAUAACCAACAGAACAUUUGUACUUUUUACAAAAAACUUGAUUUUUAUAUAAUAUAAUUGUUAAUUUUUCAUUAAUUUUAAAACCAAAAUGUUGCUAUAUAUUAUUUCUAGCAUCAUUCAAUUAUACUAAUUUAAAAUUUUUGCUCAUUUUUCACUAAUAUAAAUUUAAUAACAAAAUGAAAUGAUUAUGAUGUCUCAUUGCGAGCAAACAAUCGGAACUGAAUUUAGAUUUUAGACUAAAUUGUUUGGUGUGCUGAACUAAUUGUUUGAAAUAUAUCGCAAUAUGCCAUAAUUUAUUAUCUAGUAUAUAAUAUAUGCUUUAUAUGUACACUUUUAUAGAUCCGUCAACUUUAUUGUUCCAAGCCCUAAUCAAUCAUCUUGAUAUUGAUAUCAAAAUUAUUAAGAAAAUACUGAAGAUAUUGUAUCUAAUUAUCUAUAUUGUUGGCCAAAACUAUUAUUAUGUAAGUAAUUGCUGUUCAAAUUUGUAUUAAGAAAAUGUAUAGAAUAAUAUUUUUUGAAGUUAUUAAGUAGCCCCAGAUGGUAUCUCACCGUGACUUCUCUUCAACUGUCGAGAUUCAAUUGUUCCAUGUUUGUUCUCAUUGCACAAAUUACAACCACAGCUACCCCUUCACAGAAUACUACAUUUCCAUAACACCCUUUAACCUCUACCUCAGAUUUAUUCUCCGCAUUCACACUAUAACUUGUUAUUUAUAUGUAAAAUACUUUGUCUCUUUUUGUUGUUAAAUGUUUUAUUUUUAUUUUUUUGAUGUUUUCAUUAUAUUUAUAUUAUUAUUAAUCUAUCAAAAUGUAACUUGUCAAUCUUACUGUAUUAUGUAACUAUUAGACUAAUAUUCACUAACUAAAUAAAUAAAUAACUAAUUUCUUAAGAUACAUUUUAUUAUAACAUCGAAACAAAUUUGUAGAAAAUAUUAAAGAUUAAAAAACAAUUUCAUCUUUAAUAUUUUCUACUAUUUGUUUCUUUACUAUAAUAACUUGUUUUUUUUUUAGAAACACCUAUUAGGGUUAAUAGGGAAAUGAGCAAAUAAUUUCUAUAUGAUAUCUCCAUCACCGAGUAGUAUACUGUAAUCAAAUUCAUUGUUUUCAAAUAAUAUUUCCCAUGAAAAUAUUAUUCAUUUUACUAAAUAAAAGUAUUACACAUUUGGCUAUUAUUUCCAUAAUUUCUAAAGUUGCAUCGCAUACGUAUUGGAAACUAAAACCAAAAAACCCUUUACAAUUUCUGUAUUGCUCUCCUACUAGUAACAAGAGUUCCACUUACUGCUUCUAGGAAAUUCUAGGAAAUUUUAAUUCGGCAACCAAUGUGAAUAACCUUUUUUAAAACGAAAAAAUCACGGAAAGCAAUUUUAUUCUUCAAGUGUGUCCAUUACAUAUAUUUUGGACUUUGUUGAAGUUUUGUAUACUAAUUAAUUUACUAAUAAAAAAAACUGCUUCUAUAUCACUUUCUUAUAAUAAUGUCUUCGUUAAUAACUAACAGCACAACGGUCAAAAUGAAAAUAACAAAUAAAUUUUAAAAGAAUUAUACGUACAUAAAAAAAGACCUACAGUGAUUUUAUUUGUAAUAAUAAUAAAUUAUUCCAUACAAAUUUAAAAUUAAAGAUAUUAUAUUUAGAAGAAAUUUAUGAAUAUAUAGAUAAUCAAACUGAAAAGUUAAUAUUUUUAACCCAACAUGUCCUAUAGUCUAGACCAAGUACUCUAGAAGUAUUAUGUGAAAAUGAGUCAUUAGAGACUUGAAAUUACUUAUAGGUAUAUUUUACGUGGUAUAAUUAAUUUAAAAAUAUAUUCGAUGUUUUUUGAGUAAUUUAAAACUAUUUUAAUUUAGCGAUAAUAAAUUAAUGCUAUUUUAGGUGAGAAUGACUUUGGAUUAAUGAUCAUGAUACGGACGGAACAGAUCUCGGAUGAAAGGUACACAAUGUAUAAGAUACAGGACAAAACGGAUUGUCUUCAAUCAAUUUUAAAAGUAUACAUUUUUAAAUUUAAAUAAAAUAAAAUAAAUUUUAAAAUUAUAAAUUACCCAUGGGGUAUAACAAUAAAUGAAAGAUUUGGAAGACAUUUAAUCGUUUUUGUACAGGAGUUGGACAGACAAGAAAACCCGAAAAAAUGGGGAAUAAUCGACAAGGAGGAAGACACUAAUUGUGAAUGCGGAAAGAUUCAGACUUCGGAAUAUCUACUAAUCUACAACUGCCCAAUCAAAUGCGAGUUAUCAGACUUAAAAUCAGCAAACAACAAAACCAUUGAAAUAGCAAAGUAUUGGAGUCAAACAAUAUAGAAAAAUAUGAUGUUACGGUUUUAUUAUUAUUAUUAUUAUUAUACAUUUAUAUUUGACAUUUAUUGUCAUCUGUUUAGUUUAUGUUAGUUUUAUUUUGACUGGUUGAUAUGGUAAUUAGUAUGUUCGGUUAUUUAUGUUUUUAUGUUAUUGGAUUUGAUCUGUCACCCACUUGAAAAAAAAAUUGAGAAUGAAAAAGUUUAAAUGGUAUAGAUAUAUACAGUAUCGUAGGCAGGGUUAGGGUUCUAGGGUUCUAACUCUUUCCUCUGAAAUUUCCUCCUCUCAACAUUUUUUUUAAAUUAUAGUAUUGAUCAUUUUUAUUGUUAAUUUUAGUGCAAAUAAAAAAAUUAUCUGUGAGCUCAGACAGGUAUAGGUAUGUAUAAAUGUGUAGAUAACCGUGGUAGGUACAUAAAGAUAUAAUAGAAAGCAGCUGUGUUAGUUAAAAAUAUAUAUGGUCUAUCCCUCUAUGAAAUAUGGAUGUAUUAUUUUUAAGUAUGCUCUAUCAGUUUCCGCAGUGAUACGUAAUCAUAUUGUAACUAUAUAAUGGUUGAGAGUAUGUUUAUUGUAAGUAUAAAAAAAUUGUUACUGUUUAACUUUUAAAACGAUAAAUAUUGUUUAGUAAUUUUAUAAUUAACAAAUUAAGUACAAGAUCUUAAGAAUUAAGACAAAUAUAUAAAUAUGACUUUGGAAG